UUUCUUGGGGUUUACACUGUAAUGCUCGGCCCAAAGAGCUGGUCUUGUGGUGGUCCCCAGUGGUUAAAAAAAAAAGUGUCUUCAAGUUCGCCACUAUAAAGAUGGAGACGGAUAACACUCACUGGCCAUACUCCAUAAUCCCUACUAAGUGUUGAUUGUCGUCUCUGUAAGGGAAAGCCGAAUAUAAAUUGUCAAUCUCUCUCUGCAGUCUGCAGUCUCUGGUCCCUGAAGCCUCCCUCCGUUUAGUCUACCAAGAACAAUCAAGAUAUGGCAGAGGAGCAAAGCAUUGUUAUUCCCAGAGUGAAAUUGGGGAAUCAGGGACUCCAGGUAUCUAAGUUGGGGUUUGGCUGUAUGGGUCUUACUGGAGCCUACAAUGAUCCUGUGCCUGAAGAAAUUGGCAUAUCGGUCAUCAAGCAUGCAUUCGAUAAGGGGAUUACGUUCUUUGAUACGUCAGAUGUUUAUGGGGCUAAUCAUGCUAAUGAAAUUUUAGUUGGAAAGGCAAUAAAGCAGUUUCCUCGAGAAGAAAUCCAAUUGGCCACAAAGUUUGGAAUAAUCAGACUCGAAUCUGGUGAAACAGGGGUAAAAGGAACUCCUGAAUAUGUCCGUUCAUGUUGUCUAGCUAGCCUUGAACGGCUAGAUGUGGAAUAUAUCGAUCUCUACUAUGUACAUCGAAUUGACACAUCUAUACCCAUAGAGGACACUAUGGGGGAACUAAAGAAGUUGGUGGAAGAAGGAAAAAUAAAUUAUAUCGGGCUAUCUGAAGCUAGUCCAGACACAAUAAGAAGAGCACAUGCUGUUCACCCCAUCACUGCUCUACAGAUGGAAUGGUCACUGUGGACUCGUGAUAUUGAGGAUGAAAUUGUCCCCCUGUGCAGGGAACUUGGAAUCGGAAUAGUCCCAUACAGUCCUCUAGGACGUGGAAUUUUUGGUGGGAAAGCAGUUGUAGAAAGCUUGCCAGCAAAUAGUCUUCUGGAAUCACAUCCACGGUUUCAAGGAGAGAACAUUGAAAAAAACAAGAUAUUGUAUAAUAGUGUGGAGAAGGUGGCUGAAAAGCAUGGGUGCUCCCCAGCACAACUUGCACUUGCAUGGGUUCUUCAUCAAGGGGACGAUGUAGCACCUAUCCCUGGGACAACUAAAGUCAAAAAUCUUGAUCAUAAUAUUUGUUCCUUAAACGUGAGGCUGACAAAAGAAGAUUUGAAUGAAAUAUGUGAUGCUAUACCCAUCCAUGAGGUGGCAGGGCAAAGACAACCUGAGCAACUUUAUCGCCUCACUUGGAAGUUUGCUGAUACGCCAGCAGCUUAAAAUGAUCGAAGGUGCAGUUUUAUGCUCAUGUUUUCCGCUUUAUUUACGCGUCCUUCCGUCAAUAGUUUGAUAUGAGCCAACGAAGCAGUGUCCAAGUUCUGUGAGAAAAGCUUUCGUCGGGCAGAAAUGCUGCUGAAUGUUGUGUUUUUAGCAGCAAUUAAUACUUAUAUCUGUAUUGAAUAAAGAACAACCUGGGCAAUAUGCAAUGCAACAUCUUUACAAGGUAGUCUGAUAGUAUGAAAUUAAGAAUUUACUUCCUGUA